CCGUCUCCCGGUGCCGUCUGCAGGGCGGGCGAGAGGCGGCCGCUGCGCCGGGCAGCGCGGGCGGGGGACAGCGGUGACGGAAAGCGGCAGCUGGGGGGGGACGGCAGCGCUGGGUUGACUCCCUCCCCCCCUUCCCCCUCCCGGCCGGAGGAAGAUGGAGCUCGGUUAGUGAGGGCUUGCGGGAGGAGCAGCGGGAGCAGGUAAGACAGUGAAGUUGUCAACUGCUCCAGAAGAAGAGGGUCUGGAAAGAAAAUGUCUCUGGCAAAAAAAGUAUCAGGCACAUGAUACUGCAGAGAUUCAAAAUCAGAAGUAAAUCAGCUGGACAGUUGCCUCCUGCCUUCCUAAAUAGGCAAACAUAUUAGAAACACAAGAAGGGGCCUACCUACCUCAUUCCUGGAGAAGGUGGGUUUGCGGGUGUGGAUACUGCCUCGUUUGCUUCACCAAAAUGAGUUAGGGCAUGCAGGAGAGAAGGGAGACUUUUGCAAGUAGAACCUAUCAUGAUUUCUCAGGGGACAAAAUUUUGCUUAUUCAUACCUUCUACUGUGGCAAAAAUGGAUUCUUUUCCUCACCAAAAACCAGCAGCAUAACACCCAUCCAACACCUGCCUCAAGGAACUCUUAUUUGAAGUCUAUUUUUAUUUCCCUGUAGCUGUGGUGCAAGCAAGAGCCAACCAACAUCAUCUGCUGCCAAUAGAAAAUCUCCAUGCCAGACCUUACCCUGGCACGAGGUAAAGUUGCAACUGAGGCUGUGAGGAGGAAUCAAUAGGAAAAAUCCAAUUCAAGCUCAAGAUGGAGACAUUUUAGCCAGCCAGUGAGUCCAACUGCUGCUGCAUGUCUGGCAGCACCUCUGAAUGAUCACAUGACUCUUGAUAUGGAUGCAGUCCUGUCAGACUUUGUUCGGUCCACAGGGGCAGAACCAGGUCUGGCAAGAGACUUACUAGAAGGCAAGAACUGGGACCUGACAGCGGCUUUGAAUGACUAUGAGCAGCUGCGGCAGGUGCACACGGCCAACCUGCCCCAGGUGUUCAACGAGGGCAGGUUCUACAAGCAGCAGGAGCCAGAGCAGCCUCCCCAGGUGACCAAGGCUGAGAGGCCCUGCCUGCAAAGGCAGGAUGACAUCGCCCAAGAAAAGCGUCUCUCCAGAGGGAUUUCCCAUGCCAGCUCAGCCAUAGUCUCCCUUGCUCGCUCACAUGUAGCAAACGACUGCAGCAAUGAGCAGUUCCCUUUGGAGAUGCCCAUCUACACAUUCCAGCUGCCAGACCUGAGCGUGUACAGCGAGGACUUCAGGAGCUUCAUCGAGCGGGACUUAAUUGAGCAGGCCACCAUGGUGGCAUUGGAGCAAGCAGGACGCCUCAAUUGGUGGUCCACGGUGUGCACCAGCUGCAAGCGCCUGCUGCCCCUGGCCACAACGGGUGAUGGAAACUGCCUCCUGCAUGCUGCCUCUCUAGGGAUGUGGGGAUUUCACGAUCGGGACCUUGUGUUACGGAAAGCCCUCUAUACUAUGAUGAGAAGUGGAGCUGAAAGGGAAGCACUGAAAAGAAGAUGGAGAUGGCAACAGACUCAGCAGAAUAAGGAGUCAGGUUUGGUAUACACGGAGGAGGAGUGGGAGCGCGAGUGGAACGAGCUGCUCAAGCUGGCGUCGAGCGAGCCGCGCACGCACUUCAGCAAGAACGGGGGCACUGCUGGGGGGGUGGACAAUGCAGAAGAUCCAGUUUAUGAGAGCUUGGAAGAAUUCCAUGUUUUUGUCUUAGCCCAUAUCUUGAGAAGACCGAUUGUUGUAGUAGCAGACACGAUGUUACGAGACUCAGGGGGAGAAGCAUUUGCACCGAUACCAUUUGGAGGAAUUUAUUUGCCACUUGAAGUUCUGCCAAACAGAUGCCAUUGCUCACCUCUUGUGCUGGCCUAUGACCAGGCCCAUUUCUCUGCUCUCGUCUCCAUGGAACAAAAAGACCAACAGAGAGAACAAGCGGUGAUCCCCCUGACUGACUCUGAACACAAGUUACUGCCUUUGCACUUUGCGGUCGAUCCUGGGAAAGACUGGGAGUGGGGAAAAGAUGACAAUGAUAACACCAGACUGGCCAAUUUGAUUCUGUCUCUUGAGGCAAAGCUUAAUCUUCUGCACAGCUACAUGAAUGUAACCUGGAUCCGCAUCCCCUCUGAGACACGGCAGGCCCCUUUGGCUCAACCAGAAUCCCCUACAGCUUCUGCUGGAGAAGACGUGCAGUCUCUGGCUGACUCCAUGGACUCAGACAGAGAUUCCAUCUGUAGUAAUUCCAAUGGCAAUAAUGGCAAAAACGGUAAAGAAAAAGAAAAGGACAAACAAAGGAAAGAGAAAGACAAAACCAGGACGGAUUCAGUUGCCAAUAAAAUAGGAAGCCUCAGUAAAACCCUGGGAAUUAAGCUGAAAAAGAACAUGGGUGGUCUUGGAGGUCUGGUGCACGGGAAGAUGAGCAGAGCUAAUUCAGGGAAUGGAAAAAAUGGUGACACAGUAGAGAAAGUCAAAGAGAAGAAGUCCAAGUCUCGCAAGGGGAGCAAAGAGGAAUCUGGACAGUCUGCGAGCACGUCUCCGUCUGAAAAGACCACUCCAUCUCCGACUGACAGAGCCAGCAGCUCCCCCACUGAAAAGGUGAACACUAAACCCUUCUCUGACAAGCAGUCUGACCCAUGGAAGUACAGCACAGACGUGAAACUCAGCCUAAAUAUUUUGAGAGCUGCCAUGCAAGGUGAACGAAAGUUUAUUUUUGCUGGCCUUCUUUUGACCAGUCACAGGCAUCAGUUCCACGAGGAGAUGAUCGGCUAUUACCUGACCAGUGCCCAGGAGCGCUUCAAUGCCGAACAGGAGCAGAAAAGAAAGGAAGCUGAGAAAAAGGCUGCGCUGAAUGGCUCCUCCAGUAGGAAACUGGAGACAGAGGCAUUUUCAAAAGAAAAAUUAGAACCAUCUCCUCAGGAUAGGGCAUCACCCGUCUUACCUCAAAGCCAUACAACCCAACUGGUUUUAAAAUUUAAAGACCGCACUAGUCCCACUCCCGGGUCCUUUUCUUCACCCAGCAACGGCGCCAAGAAAAGCGGCCCCAUCCCGGUGUCUGCCCACUAUAGCCAUACCCCCCCCGUUCAAAGGCAAAGUGUCAUCCAUUUGCAUGACGUCAACUCCAAGCCAUCGAGCUUCCAGGAUGAUACCUACAAGCCAGUGGUUGGCACCCUGAAGACCUGUGCCACCUACCCCCAGCAGAACAGAUCGCUGUCCUCGCAGAGCUACAGCCCCGCGCGGCUGCCCGGGAUGCGCACGGUGAACACGGUGGAGUCGCUGAGCUACGCCAGGCCGGCCGAACACAAGUCCCAGACCUACACAAACGGCUUCAACACCGGGGACAUCAGAGACUGCUUGGAGUACGCUGACGAGGACGCUCCUCAGAGCUGGCUGAACAACGACAAAAACCAAGGCAGAAGCACAGUUUGCCCAAUAUAUUCCAUCCAGCAGAACCGCUGUAAGAAGGAGAACUGUUCCUUUUAUGGUCGUCCUGAGACUGAAAAUUACUGUUCCUACUGCUACAAAGAGGAGUUAAAGCGCAGGGAGAGGGACAGCAAGGGACACAGGCAUUGAGGAUUCUUCCAUGACUACUUAGUUUUACCAUUUUCUUACUUACAAAGUAAACAGUGUUGGAUUGCAGUAAAAGGAAUCCUUAAGGAAUAAAGGAUUGAUGAGUAAA